GAAGGCCUUACACACACCUCUACCCCUUUCUCAUAUAUUCCUCCAAAAACUCACCAAAAUGGUCGACAACCGGCGACUUUCGGCCACCUUGAACGCGAAGAUCGUCGGUUCGGGCAACGAAGCGGUGGUUCUAGCCCACGGCUUCGGCGGCGACCAGUCGGUGUGGGACAAGAUAGUCCCUUUCUUGGCUCAACACCUGAAGGUUCUAGUCUACGACUGGCCUUUCUCCGGGGCUAUCAAGGAUGGCCUUAACCUUUUUGAACCCCACAAGUACUCCUCCUAUGAGGGCUUUGCCAAUGACUUGAUUGGUCUCUUGGAUGAGCUCGAUUUGAAAUCGGUCGUUUUUGUUGGUCACUCCAUGUCUGCUAUGAUUGGAUGUAUCGCUUCCCUUAAGAGACCUGAACUUUUCAAGAGGCUCGUACUCAUUGGAGCUUCUCCAAGGUACAUAAAUACAGAAGGUUAUGAAGGAGGAUUUGAGAAGUCAGACAUUGAACAAAUCCUCUCAAACAUAGAAUCCAACUACUACAACUGGGCCUCACAUUUCGCAUCCCUGGUCGUGGACACAGCCGAUCCUCUCUCCGUCACCAACUUCGAGAAAUGCCUCACUAGGAUGAAGCCAGAUGUAGCCCUCCCAUUGGCCAAGACCGUGUUCUACAGUGACGAGCGAGAAAUCCUCGAUAGGGUGACAAUCCCCUGCACCAUCAUCCAGACUAACAGCGAUAUUGUCGUCCCAAACUCCGUUGGAUUCUACAUGCAGAAGAGGAUCAAAGGAGAAUCAACGGUCGAGAUCAUCAGCAGCACCAACGGGCAUUUCCCUAUGUUGACUGCUCACCUUGAGCUUCUUGAAGUGCUUGGAGUUGUCUUGGGAUUUUACCCGUCUUAAUAUUUGGUUAAUAUAAUAAACUAAAGUUUUUAUUUUUUUCUCCAGUGAAUCUUAAUUAAUUAGGAGAAUAAAGUCGAUGACAAAUGCCCAUUUGGAAUUGGACGUUGUUUGUGUGCUCAUCAAUUUCAUGCAUGGGAUGUGUAUAUGUAUAUAGGAGGUUUGAUGGAUUGUAGAAUGUUUCUGUUUUAAUUAUUAUAUAUUUUGGAAUCUACACUAAG